AUUCAUACAAGCCCAAACUUCGAAACCUCAUUAUAAAUACCAAACGAAAACUAUCAGUCACAUUUCUUGGUUAGGGUUCUUCACUGCCGUCACCGUCGACUGCUUCCUCUCUGCAGGCCAUUAUCAUUCCUUUCGAUUUCUCAACUCUGCAAUCAUGGGGAAGACACGUGGUAUGGGAGCUGGGCGCAAGCUCAAGUCUCACCGCAUUAGGCAAAGGUGGGCCGAUAAAGCUUACAAGAAAUCUCACCUUGGCAAUGAGUGGAAGAAGCCAUUUGCUGGUUCAUCUCACGCCAAAGGAAUCGUGCUCGAGAAAAUAGGUAUUGAGGCUAAGCAGCCCAACUCUGCCAUUCGUAAAUGUGCUCGUGUGCAGCUGAUCAAGAAUGGAAAGAAGAUUGCCGCUUUUGUUCCUAACGAUGGUUGUUUGAACUAUAUUGAGGAAAAUGAUGAGGUGUUGAUUGCUGGAUUUGGAAGAAAAGGGCAUGCUGUUGGAGAUAUUCCCGGUGUUCGGUUUAAAGUGGUGAAGGUUUCUGGGGUUUCACUUUUGGCCCUUUUCAAGGAGAAGAAGGAGAAGCCCAGGUCUUAAGUUUCGGUUUUUUUAUUUUGUAGUGAAUUUGGGUGCUUUUUAGAUUUUGGUGAGAUGUUACAAUGCUUUUGCCUUUUUGAGUUUAUUUUGUUCUAGUUUUUCAUUAGCUUAUGUAUAAGAGUUGUACUUGACCUUCACAUUACUGUUUGCCGUCGACUUUUAGUUUAUGACAAGUGCCAUCGAACCUUUAAGUUUAUCAUGCCUGAGCAAUAUUUUGGGUAAGUUACGAUUAUGGUGCAUUGGGCAAAAUCGAUUGGCGGUUUAUAUUAUAUGUUGAGUGGAAUUUUGGUCUUAACCAAUAUAUGCUUGUGAAGAAAUUGAUGUUGUGUGGG